UACUGCACGACUAUAUCAAACUUGAAAAUCAACAUCAAGAAGUUCGAAGUUCCAGUUAAGAAGUGAAGAAUGAAGCUGCAUCUUGUGCUCUUUGCGACGGCAGUACUAGCUGCCAGUGCAGUGCAUGCAAGGUUCACUCUGAAAGAUGAUGUGUUCCAGAAAAUUGCCCUGAUGCAAGAUGAGUCGGAGGGAGAUGACGUUAGUGGAGGUGUGGUGGCAUCUCCGACUAAUGGAACUCUUCAGAGUAUCUUACAAGAGCUGAACUUAAACAAAAGGGUGCGUAGGGGGACUGGUUGCUAUGCCGCUGGACCAUAUGGAGGUGGUGGUGGUGGUGGUUUCCAUGAGCUCAUUGACAACUGCCAAUCUCUUGUCAAACGAAUCAUUGUCCGUUCUGGAAGUCUAGUGGAUUCUAUUGAGGUGACGUAUCAGCUCUCCAAUGGCCAAUUACACUACGGUGGACACCGCGGAGGGCACGGUGGAGGGGCACAUGUUGUGGAUAUUAAUAUUAAUGGUGGUGAGAGAAUUAUCAGUGUUUUCGGUCAAAGUGGAAGUCUACUUGAUAAUAUCGGUUUUGCUACAAACCAUGGCAGAAUUUUUGGACCAUACGGUGGAACUGGUGGUGGUAGGUUUACUGUUAACAACUGCGUCCUUCGUGGGUUUUUCGGACGAUCUGGUAGUCUGAUUGAUAGCAUUGGGUUCUACUGUGGAAGUAUUUGAAACGAAGAUUAACUCUGACAUUCUUAUAGGCCUAGCCUUAUAGAGAACAUGUAAUGUAUAUUAGCUAAAUCAUUCGCAAACUAUGUCAUGAGAUUGUAUACGUAACAUUGUACACAUGCAAGUCAUGUGCAUGUGACAUGCACAUUAACAGCAUGCAUAAAAGCAGAAGGUACGUAUAUAAACAUACAGGCAAAAUACUCAUCUAUUUAUGAACCCUAAACAUGCAAUUAAGAUAAUAGGUCGGUGAAGGACACUUUAAACUAAAUAGCCGGUAGCAAUUACUAAAUGUAAAUUCUUUCAUUUGAAAGUUAGGGGACAAUACAAUUUAGGGGAAAGUACAGCAACUUGUGAAACGGUAUAUAAAAAAGACAAGACAAUUUCAGAUUUAUUCAGUCUGCACAGCUUGAUCUCAAACUCUGCCGGAAUAAGAAUGAAGCUUGGUGCUGUAGUCUUGGUGACUGCAGUUCUAGCUGCAACCACAGUGAAUGGUCACCUGCCCCUGAGUGUACAAAAGGCCCUGGAGCGAUUCUCUUCGAAGCAGACAGAGUUUGUGGAGGAUACUGAAAUUGCUGCUACUGCCUCAAACGCAACUAUCGAUAGCAUUCUAAGUGAACUGAACAUAAACAGAAGGAAGCGUCAGAGCACUGGCUGUUUUCCAACAGGUCUCUACGGUGGUAAAGGGGGUGGUGCUUUCCAUGAGCUGCCCGACGAUUGCCAAGCAACUAUCAAAAAGAUCGUGCUUCGUACGGGAUCACUUGUUGAUUCCAUCCAGGUGACUUAUCGACUCUCAAAUGGAAAAGAUUACACUGCUGGUUACUAUGGCGGCAAAGGAGGAGGAAAGAAUGUCAUAAAUGUCAACAUCGAAAAAGGAGAGAAAAUAAUCGGAGCAUUCGGAAAAACGGGGCGUUUGGUUGAUAAUAUCGGCUUUUUCACAAACAAGGGAAAAGUGUUUGGGCCAUAUGGUGGGAAAGGAGGCGGUGACUUCACUGUGCACCUGUGUUCCAUUCGUGGUAUUUUCGGACGAGUUGGUUCGCUGGUGGAUAGUAUUGGAUUCUAUUGCGGAAAACUCUCGUGCUAAACUCACAAUAUACUGGAAUGUAAAACUUUAGGUAUAUACAUGUAGUUUUUUAGAGUUAGUUUGCAUGUAUACAAAUAGAACUACAACAUUCUAGUACCAUAUUAGUGAUAUAGAUGGCAAUUUUCAAAGAAUCUUUUUACGAAAA